ACAGUUAUAAGUGUCGAUCGACAGUUAUAAGUAGCGAUCGACAGUUAUCGUUUUCGACAGUUGUAAGUGUCGAUGGUCAGUUAAUAAGUGUCGAUCGACAGUUAUUAAGUGUCGUAAGAAAAAAUAAAGAGAUGCUUUCGAUGACCCUUCUAAGCCACCGUAUUCUAAGCCACCGUAACAGUCUGCAGUCUGCAUGGUCUGCGUUUUGGGGUGACCGCUUUCCUACGGAAGCCCUAGUAAUAACGUUUGCCUGGCGAAUCCGUCCGGUCCGUAUACAUGACGUAUUUGCUCCUAGCUAAACUUACCUCUGACUAGUACUGGGAAAUCCAAAAUGGCGAUAUUAGGUUGCAUAUCUCUUAUCGCAGCAAGCAACGUAAUCCUGUUGAUAACGGGAGCGUUGUCGUUGCCUUUGUACUUUUCAUUUUAUGGUUCUGAAGCAGCAGUAAGAUUUUCGUUGCUUCUUUGUAUGCAUUCUUGCCUACUUGCGGCAGUUCCAAGCGUUUUGAAAUCUGUGCUUCCUAUGCUCCAGUUGCUGUUGUUUGCAGCUCUUCUUCUUCUUCCAUUCAGUGCAACUCCAUUCUUUAUGGUGUGGUGCUAUCAGAAGCUUCUUCAUCUUUCAGAGUCUGCAUUUUUGAUCAUUGAAGCAGUGGAGAUUGUUGUGGUUGUGAUGUACAUAAGCCAGUCUUUUGUGAAUGAGAUUGAUGAACAGCCAGUUAUAGUUAAGUCUUGCAUUUUGGCAAUCUCCGGAGCUUCAUUCCUUUUGUCAUUAUUCCUCAGUUACCAUUUGUUUAGGGAUAUUCAUACAUCACAUAUGGAAACUUGGGUUACAGGAUUUGCUGUUACGCUUUCUGUUUUGGUGUUCUUUGUUUGCAUUUAUAAGGAAGAAGCAGGAAUCAUAUCUGAUGCAGCUGUUGUUAGCUUUGUGAUGAUGUUUAUUGUCUGGGCCAUGAAACAAGAACGACUAAUGGAAGAAAACUCCCUCGAUGCUCCAUCACAAUGGCUACAAUCGUUCAAUGACAACCGUUCAUUCCUCAAUGUGUUCUUGUCAAUGGCAACCGUGAGCAUGGAGCACCUGUCCCGUGUCCAGAGAAUUAUUUCUAUCUUUGUGUCGCCUACAUGUCUUCUGUUUACGUCAGUGAGGGUUGCAAGUGUUGUUGGAUUUGUGUUUUUAACGCAAAUGUUAUACUCACGCGAGGAAGAAGAACACUGCUCAUUGUGUAUGUCGGAACCAAAACCAAACAGAGAGAUUUUACGUCCUCUUUACAUUCGCUUGAUAAUAAUUUUUGUGUACACACAAGUGGUAGUUCGCACUAUGGACUCCACUACAACAUCCAAUGUUCACGAUCUUGACAACAGAGCUUCUAGUGUGGAUUUGUUUCCAGUGCUAACAGGCGUCAGAGUCUGGCGGAUUAUACAACUGUUAAUAGUGACCAUUAUCUAUCUUAAUCGGCUGUUCAAGCAACUUGAUUGAAGGUGCCCUUCACACCAUUACCUGAGUGGAUUGGCUGCAAGGUGACUACGGAGAUGCUACAAAAGUGUCCGUACGAGAAUAAUUGAAGACGCGAAGAACACUUGCCACUUGACAGAGCCAGUGAUUGGCUAGAUAGUUGCUUAGUAGCAUAACGUAGGUAAAGUAGGUGUUCUGGACGUACAAUUUUUACCGCCUGUUUAAUCCUAAGUGGUCAAUUCAAAUUUCAGACUCGCCAGCCGGACACCAGCCGUAUGCAGUGGCUCUGUUAAUUCCAAUCCCGCUCAUCCGCCCCCGCNCCCCCCCCCCGGCGCUUGACCAACAUUUGACAGGUUGUAGGGGUAUUUGACAUUUUAGUCAAAUACAAAGAAUUGUAAAUCGAUACUUUUUGAAAACGAAAGCCUGCUUUAUUAAACAUGAAAAAGAUUAACCCUACAUUAAAAACAUAGAUGUAUUUUUUUAGAUUUAACCUAUUGGAAACUAGCUCGUGCCCCACCUCCAACCCCAAAAGUUCAUUUUGGUCUUCCACGUGCGAAAGAAUCGAGGUGAGAAGUGAGUAUGGUGUUGGUCGUUGGUUAAGAGAAAAGGACCUAGAAGUUUUAACAAAAACCUUCGAACGUAAGUUAUUGACAUUUUUAUAACCUUAAAGUGCUACUAUGAUCAAAUUUUUCCCCCUUGACUUUUUAGGUG